CGUUCACACUGAUUUCUGAAAAGUUGUUCAACUUGAACGGACGUGCGUGGAAGUAUAAUUUGGCGAUAAUUUAAAAGCGAAGACGGUACAGUGAAACAACUUCAAAAUGGACUGCGGCACCUCUAUGGUCAAAUACAUCCUCUUCAUAUUCAACACCAUUGUGUCGGUUAUCGGCAUAUUGGGCAUUGUUUAUGGCGUACUGAUUCUAAAGAGUAUCGGUACUAUCGAAGUUAAUGGAAUGGAGGGCUUCCCGCCACAGGCGCUCAUGCCUCUCAUUCUGAUCAGCUUGGGCUCGAUUGUGGUCUUCAUUUCAUUUCUGGGAUGCUGCGGUGCCAUUCGCGAAUCCGUCUGCAUGACCAUGAGCUAUGCAGUCUUCUUGCUGAUCUUGCUGAUCCUGCAGCUGACACUCGUUGUUCUGCUGUUUACCAACAAGGAAGAGUUUAAUAACGCAAUGGGAAAGGUUAUUGAGAACGCAUGGAAGUCUGACACUGCUCAAGAGGGAGGUGUCUUCGAUGCCAUUCAGAAAUCGUUGAAAUGCUGCGGAUCAUCCUCUGCCCUAGAUUAUUUAACAUAUGGAAAACCCCUGCCCUCCAGUUGUUGCAGUGGCUCGUGCUUAAUCCCGACUAACUACUACCCAGGAUGCCGCGGAAAGUUCAUCGAUCUAAUGAGCGCUGGGUCUGAGAACGCCAAAUUUGUGGGCAUCGGCCUUAUUGGAGUAGAGCUGAUUGGCUUCAUCUUUGCCUGUUGCCUGGCCAACAAUGUGCGUAACUACAAGCGCCGGAACGCCUACUAAACUGUAGGUGCGCAUUCAUCAACCACAUCUAGAGGCACACCCACAUCCAGUAGUACACACUCCUCACAUUCUCAUUAACUUUUACAGUCGUUGAACGCACUUACACAAAGGGAUAAACAAUAACACCUUGAAAUAAGCCAUUUAAGUGGAUACUUAUGAUGGAAAAUCGAGAAAAAUCUUAGUUUAAGGCGAUAUGAAACGCAUACAACUUUUAUAUCCUAUGUAUUGGUAGAAUUCGCUUUGUACCUAUCGAACGAGCAGACAAAGCUAUUUCCAAAGCCUUUGUACAAACGUUUUACUUGUUAAACCGAAUCCCCGCAAAUAACAAAAUAAUCACGUUAAUAAUGGUAUAUUUGUUUAAAACUAAGGAUAUAAUCUAUAAACUGUUGAAGAGUCCGAAUGCGAAAAGAAAUAUAAAUUUGUAAUAAACAUGUAUAUACUCGUAUAUAUGUUUGUAAGUACACUGUUCAUUCUAUUCAUAUUUGUAAUGAGAAUCUCCGUGUAAGAUUUAAAUUUGGAAAAAGCGUCAAUAAUCAAGAGCUCGAAUUGCAUACGAAAUUUAUGAAUAAAGCAUUUACUAUGUAUUUAUAUACCAA